AUGGCCUGGCUGCGACUGUGCGCGCUCAGCGCAGGCGUCGCCGCCUUCCAGAACAACGCGCCGACGACGAAACGGGCCCUCGAGGGCCUGCGCGCCGCGUGGCUCGAAGAACAGCAGUCAGUCGCUGGACUUGACGGUCAGUCCAACGACGAGGCCGAGGUCGCCGCGCGGGCGGCCCUCGACGCGAUCCGCGCCGACGGCCGCCUCGUGAACGACGCGGAGGCCGAGCAGGCCGCGUGGGAGGCCGCGUGGAUCGCGGUCAAGGUCGCGAACCUCGAGCGCCUCAAGAACGAGAAGAACUUCGCGGCGGGCAAGGCCGCCGAGGACGUCAAGGGCUACGUGCCGCCGCUCGGUGGCCGCGCCGCCGGGUCCCUGGACACCUUCGCGCAAGAGAAGCCCAAGGCCGUGGGCGGCUCGUCCGCGCCGGCCUGGCUCGCGGGCAACGUCGCCGGCCUCGGCGAGCACUGGCUCUCCGGCUCGGCCGCCCCCGCGGCCGCGGUCGCGUCCCCGGCGGCCUCCACGGGCAACAUGGACCACUUCGCGUCCACGGCGGGCUCGUUCAAGGGCAAGGACCGCGACUUCAAGUCCAUGGGCGCCUCGUCUGGCCCCGACUGGCUCUCCGGCUCGGCCGCCCCCGCGGCCGCCGCCCCCGCGGCCGCGGUCGCGUCCCCGGCGGCCUCCACGGGCAACAUGGACCACUUCGCGUCCACGGCGGGCUCGUUCAAGGGCAAGGACCGCGACUUCAAGUCCAUGGGCGCCGCUUCCGGCCCCAGCUGGCUCUCCGGCUCGGCCGCCCCCGCGGCCGCGGUCGCGUCCCCGGCGGCCUCCACGGGCAACAUGGACCACUUCGCGUCCACGGCGGGCUCGUUCAAGGGCAAGGACCGCGACUUCAAGUCCAUGGGCGCCUCGUCUGGCCCCGACUGGCUCUCCGGCUCGGCCGCCCCCGCGGCCGCCGCCCCCGCGGCCGCGGUCGCGUCCCCGGCGGCCUCCACGGGCAACAUGGACCACUUCGCGUCCACGGCGGGCUCGUUCAAGGGCAAGGACCGCGACUUCAAGUCCAUGGGCGCCUCGUCCGGCCCCGACUGGCUCUCCGGCUCGGCCGCCCCCGCGGCCGCCGCCCCCGCGGCCGCGGUCGCGUCCCCGGCGGCCUCCACGGGCAACAUGGACCACUUCGCGUCCACGGCGGGCUCGUUCAAGGGCAAGGACCGCGACUUCAAGUCCAUGGGCGCCUCGUCCGGCCCCGACUGGCUCUCCGGCUCGGCCGCCCCCGCGGCCGCCGCCCCUUCGGCCGCGGUCGCCCCUGCGGCGGCCCCCGCGGCCGCGGCCGCUCCCGCUGGCGGCUCGAUGGAUCACUUCGCGUCGACGGCGGGCGCCUUCGUCGGCAAGGACCGCGACUGGAGUUCGUCCGCGCCGGCUUCGUCCGCUCCUGCGGCGACGCAGUCGCUCGCGUCCGCCGCCUGGGGCGACUCCUCCUCCGCCUCGGGAGCGGGCGCGCUGGCCUGGCUCAAAAAAACGGUCGGCCGCAAAGACGGCGCCAAAGCCAAGGGCGGCGCUUCGACGCCGUCCUGGCUCUCGGUGUAG